AACGUCUCGCCGAAAGGCCUAGUUCCAGCGCUCAUGCUCAAUACUUUCGAUCCGCCUCGUGCCCUAAACGAAAGCACCGUCAUCCUCGACUUUCUCGAAGAUAUCGCUGCAAAGUCGACGCACAGAAGCCUCUUCCCGCCAUCAACAGAUCCAUAUGCGAAAGCGCUCGUCCGGUUCCAAUCAGAUCAUAUCAGCCGAACGCUCGUGCCCGUGUUUUACAGGUAUCUUCAAGCUCAAGAUCCAGAGGCCCAAAUUUCUCAAGGGAAAGAGUUCCACGCAGCUAUUCAAUCAUUAGUCGAGCUUUUCGAACGCGCGGAAAGAGAGGUAGGGGGGACAGGGCUUUGGGUUGAAGGUGGCGACUUGGGAUGGGCGGACGUCGUGGUCGCACCAUGGAUAUUCAGAGCGACUAAUGUGUUGAAACACUAUCGCGGGUUUGAAAUGCCGCGAGGAACCAAAUUUGAAGCUUGGUUAGGGAGGCUUUUUGAGCAUCCUGCGUUCAAGAAGACUUGUAGUGAUGAAGCGUUGUAUCUAGACAGUUAUGAACGAUAUGCGUUCAAUCGCCCGAACACGAGUCAGGUGGCUAACGCGAUUAAUAGCGGGAGGGGCUUGCCUUGAACAAGACACGCAGGAAUCCAAUUACUCUGUACAAAUGUUUUUUUGAUUCAAAUAUGAAUGCAUUUGCAAAGUGAAUAAACCAGCGCUACGAGGUCGUCUCAAUUA